CUCUUCCAUCCUACUUUCCUAUCAAACCAUCUUCUUCUUCUUCUUCUUGUUCUCAAUCACUUAAAAAAAAAAAGCACUUUUAAACAUGCCUCCAAUCUUGCCUGAUUUUUCUAGCUCAGUUAAGCUCAAAUAUGUCAAACUUGGUUACCAAUAUCUUGUUAAUCAUAUCAUCACUCUCACUCUUAUUCCCAUCAUGAUUGGUGUCUCCAUUGAAAUUAUUCGUUUAGGUCCAAAUGAACUCCUAAACCUUUGGAAUUCACUUCACUUUAACCUCGUCCAAAUCCUUUGUUCUUCUUUCCUUGUCAUCUUUAUAUCCACUGUUUAUUUCAUGUCCAAACCUCGUACAAUCUACCUUGUCGACUAUGCUUGUUUCAAACCACCCGUCACAUGUCGUGUUCCUUUUGCUACUUUCAUGGAACAUUCAAGACUCAUCCUUAAAAACAAUCCGAAAAGCGUCGAGUUUCAAAUGAGGAUUCUCGAACGGUCCGGUCUUGGCGAAGAAACUUGCUUACCGCCUUCCAUUCAUUACAUUCCGCCGAAACCAACCAUGGAAUCUGCAAGAGGUGAAGCUGAGCUUGUUAUUUUCUCAGCCAUGGAUUCUUUGUUCGAGAAAACCGGGCUUAAACCGAAAGAUAUCGACAUACUCAUCGUAAAUUGUAGUCUUUUUUCGCCAACACCGUCAUUGUCUGCUAUGGUGAUCAACAAAUACAAACUAAGAAGUAAUAUCAAGAGCUUCAAUCUUUCUGGAAUGGGUUGUAGUGCUGGACUCAUUUCGAUUGAUUUGGCUCGCGAUCUUCUUCAAGUUCAUCCGAAUUCUAACGCGGUCGUCGUUAGCACGGAGAUUAUAACACCGAACUAUUACCAAGGAAAGGAAAGAGCCAUGCUUUUGCCAAACUGUUUGUUUAGAAUGGGCGGCGCUGCGAUUCUGGUAUCGAACCGAUCUUCUGAGAAACGAAGAGCUAAAUACAGAUUAGUCCAUGUUGUAAGAACACAUAAAGGAGGUGAUGAUAAAGCGUUUAAAUGUGUGUUUGAAGAAGAAGACAGAGAGGGUAAAGUCGGAAUUUCACUUCAGAAAGAUCUCAUGGCAAUUGCAGGUGAAGCUCUAAAAUCAAAUAUAACAACAAUGGGUCCUCUUGUGUUACCCGCUUCAGAACAGUUACUCUUUCUUGUAUCGCUCAUUGGUAGAAAAAUCUUCAACCCUAAAUGGAAGCCCUACAUACCGGAUUUCAAGCAAGCUUUCGAGCAUUUCUGUAUUCACGCCGGUGGCCGUGCUGUGAUCGAUGAACUACAGAAGAAUCUUCAACUGUCAACGGAACACGUGGAGGCGUCGAGGAUGACACUACAUAGAUUCGGUAACACAUCGUCUUCCUCGCUGUGGUAUGAGCUUAACUACAUUGAAUCGAAGGGAAGGAUGAAGAAAGGAGAUAGGGUUUGGCAGAUAGCAUUUGGCAGCGGAUUUAAAUGUAACAGUGCGGUUUGGAAAUGUAACAGAAGUAUUAAAACACCGGUUGACGGACCUUGGACAGAAUGCAUUGAUCGUUAUCCUGUUCAUAUUCCCGAGAUUGUUAAACUCUAGUUUAAUCAAUUUCGAGAAUAGGAAUUUGAUUGAACUCUGAAUAAUUCUUCUUCGCAAUUUCGCAGUUACUAUUUGAUGCCAUUUGCCUCUUCUUUAGUUGUUGAAGUGAUAUGUGAUCAGAGUCAUUUGGUUGGUUGUUUCUGUUCCACUUUUUAUUUUUUUUUAUAUGAUGAUAUUUGUAAUUUUUAUUUAUUUUCUAAACAGUUAUUACUGCAUGAUAGGCUUUUUAUGUGAAUUUGCAUAGAAAUUACUAUUGGGGAGUUCUGUGUAUAUUCAUCAAUAUUGUGCAAAAAUCAUGUAAGUGAAAUACAACUCUAAGUUCUAGUAGUACUUUAUGUAUGCUUGUAAUUUUAGGACUCAAAUGUAUGAAAUGAUGUGAUGUUAGAAAGAAAAGUUUAGGGGGCUGUUUUUAUUUGAGAAAAAUAUUUCCUGUUUUCAAUUUUA